AUGAUCUCAAGGGUGAAGCGCCCGGACCUUGGAAUCGGUGCUAGGUCCCAGGGACCGCAGUGCUUUCCGGAGUUCCGGGCGGCUCAGACAGCCAUUGCAGACGGUGUGCUACCCGUACUUGAGCUUUCAGCAGAAACACAGUUUGCUGUGCUUGGAGUCUGGGCUGUUCGAAUAUGGAUGUUGCCAUGUCAUGAUCCUGGUUAUGAUUGCACCUGCAAUUGCAAGAAGUACGGCGAGUUGCAGUGCCUUACCUACCUGCAUCGUCAGGGCCGCCUUGUGCGCAAUGGCCCAGAUUUACAUCUUCAAUGGCUUUGGGCUCGGAUGCGCGUCGGAGGCAGCAAUCCUAAGAAUCAGACUGCGAAAGCGAGUUUGACAUCUGCAAAGUUUGAUCCAAUCAACUUUAUGAGUAGGAGGGCUGACAUGCAUUAA